CUGACGGGACUGAGGAGGAGGCGUCCGGGCCUGAGAGGAGCGGGAGCACGCGCUGAGACCCGCCGCCAGACGCACCGCAUGGUGACCUAACAGAGAUGGGCUUCGCAGGCACGUGUUGCGACAACCUGGAGGAGCCGCCGGCCCUGAUGAAGAUGGGUCUGAGCCUGAUCCUUGUCGGUCACGUCAACUUCCUGCUGGGGGCGGUGGUGCACGGCAUCGUGCUUCAGCAAAUCAACCUGCACGAGAAGGUGCGAGGCAUGGGCUACGCCAUCUCCAAUGUGGUCACGCUCUUCUCCGGCAUGUUGGGUGUCAUCGUUGGGAUCCUAGCUAUUAUCCUGUCAAAAAACAAGAAGAGCAAACCUCUGACGUGGUCCUUAUUCUCCAUCAGUCUGGUUUCAUCGUUCAUGGCUGGAGGUUCCACCAUUGGGCUCUUUGUGUCUCUAGUGAAGACCAUCGUCAACGGCAGGCGGGUACUCCUGACUCACUGCCGCUUUCCCAAUGUCAUCGGCUACUCCAGCAUUACCAACGAGUGUCCUUUUGACCUCACCCGUGUCUAUAGUACCACUAUUAUCCUCUGGGUUGGUCUGAUUGUAUCAUGUAGCAUUCAGAUGGUGUUUUCUGUUCGUUGCCUUGCUGCCUGUGUUUCCUUCUUGGGGCUGUCUGGUUGCCGCAAAAGCAUGAGACAUAAAAAACCCUAUACCAGACCCAUCAAUGUGGCAAAGUCGGCAAAGGAAACUUCUCAACCUCACUACACCGAGCCCCCAAGAAGGCAACACGACCCUUCACGAGUCUACACAGAACCUCCUAGAGUCCACAAUACAUCACCUAGACGUCACACAGAACAACCAAUAUGCCACGAGGAACGUUCACAACUCUAUACCAACCCUCCUGAAGACCACAGUAAACCAACUAGGCAUCAUAAAGACCCCCCAAGAAGCAACAACAAGUCAUCAAAGCAUCCCACUGCGCCUCCAAGACUGGAGCGCCACACACCUCAAAGGCCCCUUCCUUCCCACAAUCAAAGUCUUCCCACCUCAGAGAGGCAGCCUCUUCGGCAAUCUCACCGAGAUUGGUCGGACGUAGAACGCCAAGAAAUGAGGAGCUGCAGUCAACAAAGAGGGCAGGGGGAGCACCACAACCUGAGGAGAGUGUGCCAGUGACCUGACAGGUACGACUGUUUAAAGUCCAAACGGGUAAAAAAAAAAGAAACUGGCCAGUUGCUACGUUCAAACCUGUCUGGUGUGUCUUAAUAAAGCCCCUUUUAAUACUUUUUGAAACGUGGGAUGACGACGACGUUCUUCCGUGCGGAAGUGAGGACGCGGUCGACACAUGCUGCUUCGAAACACACAGGGUAUAUUUUGAUAUCUUUUUAAUGUCAGGUUCAACAGAACAAACAUUGCAUCCUUGUAUGAGGUUUUCAUGCAACAGAAAAGUAGUGCAGGAAUAGGGGAAGGAUAAAAGAGGAGGAGGGGCUUAUUUUAUUUUCUUCAAGACAAGAUACCAGUUCGUUAGGAGAGGCAGUGAUAAUAGAAACUCAAAAAAAAAAGGAAUAAACCGUAGUGGGUCAGGAAAUUCUGACUGUUGUUUCUUAUCCUACCAGCAGAAGGCAGUGAUACUUAAGGAUCCCCAAAGCAGAGAUGCUGCUGGAUAGGCAGUUCCAGUUCAAAACAUUUGGUACAAGCUGACUUUUUUUAGAUCCGUGUCGGAGUAGUUGGACGCAGCGGCAAUCAAUUAGAUAUCGGAUAAAACUAAAACAUUAAAGAUAAAUUGAUUUGACAGAGUAAAAUACAUUCUUUGCAUUGAGAGGGCAACAGUAAUCUGGUUAUACUGAGACGUUUCACCGAUGUCUUGUUAAAACUUGAACAACCCACAUUUUGAGGUGUUUUUUCUUGCUGUCAAUUAGGUGCUCUAAACAUGGACUUUAAAGUUGCCCAUUAAAACUGAAUCGCUCUUGAAAUCCCCAGACGAGAACAAGCGUACGGCAUCCUUUUUCUCCUGAAACGAGCCUUUUCGUGCGACUGCUCUUCAAGCAGACCAAUCUGGGCGCUUGGAAAAGCGUUCAGCAUAAGAGUGAUGAACAAGCCCUUAGUAAGUUCUCUGUCUGAGAAAAAAAAAAAACAGAUUGGAUGGAGGGAGCGGAGGAUAGUGGGGGCUGCUCCACAGGUCGUAGUCCUCAAAAAUGCAGAGCUCCAAAAAGGUAUCGCUCUGCGUAAACUGUGGUUGUGAAAGUCGCCCGUGUCUUGCUUGUGGGAUCAUGCAUUAUAGUAACAGGUUACAACUAUCUUAAGUUUACUGCUCGAUAUUAAGGAAUUCUAGCAUACUUACAGUAACUUGCAAAAUGGUUAGUACCUCAUGAACAUUUUUUUUGUGAAGAUUUUGACACAUUACAACCACAAACUGCGAUGUACUUUAUUGGGAUUUUACGCGACAGAUCAAGAGAAAAGUUGCGCAUAUUUGUGAAGUGGAAGAAAACCGUAGGACGGCAACAAUUUCCUACCAUCAUCACCGUUGUGUUGUCUGUUUAAAUUGAACUCUACGUCGUUUGCCUGUAUAGUCUGGUUCGAUUCAGGAGGAGUGAAUGGGCAAUCGAACUCUGCUCCAUCUAAAAACCUAGAUAUCGAUUUGGUUGAAGUGAACUCUGGUGUGGUUCGAACGGAUAUGUGAACGGCAAGCAAACCAGAGACCACUACAACAGCAGGAAGCAGAUUACAGCACAUGGCAUCCUGGGUAAAUACAA